AUGCCAAUGGCGAUCAGUCGAGUGAAGAUGUGGAAAGUGAUCAUUGUUUUCACGGCGAUAAAGCUCUCAGAAGCGUGUUUAUCUUCUGGAGCAUGUGGGUCUUCGUGUGCUCCAGCUCCAGCUGCAUCAUGUGCUCCAUCUUCUUGUCAACCGGGAUAUUCCUGUGGUCCGUAUGGUUGUGCUCGGAAUCGAGCUCGCUCAGCGCUCACCAAGAAAUUUGAGGGGAUCUUUUUGGAUGAUUCGUCAGAAGAGCAUACAAAUCUCGCUCAUCUUCCAACGAAAUCUCGAUCCGAGGAAAUUCCAGAAGCUCGUGUCAUCAAUCGAAAUAUUUUUGGAAUGAGACGAAAGAACAAAGUGAGCGCUGAGGAGCCAGUGGAAUCGAUUCAAACAGAAGUGAUCACUCCAACAGCACAAACCUUUGACAAUCAGACAAUCGAUUUACUAGUGAAUCCCAACUAUUUGUUCCGUCAAUGUUGUGAACAACGUCAUCUGCCUGAUACUUGUUUGAGCAAAUGUAACUACAAUGCCUACACGAAAGAUGCGCUUCAAUCAAUGUAUUUCAAGACGGAUGGUUGCCCGUUGGAAGCGGCUGCUGAUAUGCACUUUUGUGCUGCACAGGGUCGUGAUCAUCGUCAAUGCUGUAUUCGGAAUGGGGUGACGACGACGUUAGCCGGGGAGAAAUGCCUCACUUUCUGUGAUCAAACUCCUGAUAAGAUUACUCAUCUCGACUACUCGUAUGUUCCUUGCUAUGAUCGCUUCGAAAAUAUGAAGAGAUGUUUCUUCAGUGAAAUCAAAUUCCGUGCCGAGAAACAAUUCGGAAAAUUUCGAGCA